AUGCCGCACGCAGAAGGUACAUCACCCGCGACCGUCAAGGACGAACCCGUCGACGAUGCCGGCCUCCCCAGCAGCAUCCCACAAGGCGACGAAGACGACGUCGACAUGCUCGACGCCAGCCACGCCGCCGCCGACGACGCCGCCGUGAAGAAGGCCGACGUCAAGCUCGAGGACCUCUUCGAUAACGACGACUCGGACGACAACGAGUUUCCCUCGUCGGCGCCCGUCAAGUCGGAGCCGCCCACCUCACAGGAGGGUCCCGCCUCGCCCAUAGACCUCUCGUCCCUCAAAGCCUCGGACCCCGAAGUUAUGCGCAGCUUCUACCAGCGCUUGUUUCCCUGGCGCCAGUUGUUUCAGUGGCUCAACCACAGCCCGACGCCCACCAACGACUUUGGCAACCGCGAGUUUGCCUUUACCCUGCAAAAUGACGCCUAUCUACGCUACCAGUCUUUUGCCACGGCAGACCUCCUCCGCAAAGACGUCCUCCGCCUCAUGCCCUCGCGCUUCGAAAUCGGCCCCGUCUACACGACCAACCCCCGCGACCGCAAAACGUUGCGCAACUCGUCGGCGUUCAAGCCGCUCGCCAAGGAGUUGUGCUUUGAUAUUGACUUGACAGACUAUGACGACAUCCGCACGUGCUGCGACAAGGCCAAUAUUUGCACCAAGUGCUGGACCUUUAUGACCAUGGCCAUCAAGGUCGUCGACGUGGCGCUUCGCGAUGACUUUGGCUUCCAGCACAUCUUGUGGGUGUACUCGGGCCGUCGCGGUGCGCACGCCUGGGUGUGCGACAAGAAGGCACGCAGCAUGGACGACGCCAAGCGCAAGGCCAUUGCUGGCUACCUCGAGGUCGUCCGCGGUAGCGCGCAGGGCGGCAAAAAGGUCAAUGUGAAGCGGCCGCUGCAUCCUCAUCUUUCCCGCAGCUUGGAGAUUCUCAAGACGCAUUUCCAGCAUGAUGUGCUCGGUGUCCAGGAUCCCUGGUCCACCGACGAGCGCGCCGAAAAACUCCUGCAUCUGAUCCCGGACCGCACCCUCAGCGAGUCGCUCCGGCGCAAGUGGGAUGCCGCGCCCGGCCGCGCCUCGGCGGCCAAGUGGGCUGACAUUGACGCCGUCGCCAAGUCCGGCGGCGCCGGCAAGUCCCUCGACACGCUCGCCCUCAAGGAAGCCAAGCAGGACAUUGUCCUUGAGUACACGUACCCGCGCCUCGACAUUGAAGUCAGCAAGAAGCUCAACCAUUUGCUCAAGUCGCCCUUUGUCGUGCACCCGGGCACCGGCCGCGUUUGCGUGCCCAUUGACACAUCCAGCGACGACACCGUCGAGGCCUUUGACCCGCUCGCCGUGCCCACCGUGCAGGGGCUGCUGGCGGAGAUUGACGCUUGGCAGGGCAAAAACGGCGAGGGGAGCGCCGACAGCGCGCCGGCGGUGGCGGACUGGGAAAAGACGAGCUUGAAGCCGUAUCUAGAGUACUUUAGGUCGUUUGUGGCUGGAAUCAUGCGCGAGGAGCGCGAGGCGGCGCGGGUGAAGCGAGAACAAGAGGAGCAUUCGAUGGAGUUUUAA